AGAAUAUAGGCUAUGAUAUGUUAUUUAUGGUUGUUCGGUGUAUCUACGAUACACACUUGUUACUUCUAUGCAUGUUUGAUCUGUUUUCAAUUCAGCGGUUGUGCAAUCAUUUCAGGCAAACAUUUCCCGUUUCCACAUCGGUCUUAUUUUGGCUGGUGCACUGCCUUCAGCUUCGUGCCACUAUUGGUCAAAAUGUUCACUGCGUCAUACUCGCUGCGCUGUUUCAUGCUCCCCGAUGUAAUCUACAUAGUCAAUGCCAAAAAGUAGAUAGACUGUUCAUAUGGCCCAGUCAUUUUAACUUCCCACAUGUAUAUUAUGUAACUUAACGUUAACUGAUCACACAAGAUUUGUCUUUAGAGAGAAUCAACUUUGAACAAAAUAAGUCUUAUUAAGGUGUUAUUAUAACUUUGCUAGCUUCACAGAUGGUGCCUCUAAAGCGCAGGAAAGUAGUCUCAACAUCGUCUGUAACGGACACUGACAUUAAAGCCACGAAAUACCCAGACACCGUCAUCUUUAUCUUAGAGAGAAAGAUGGGAGCCAGCCGCAGGACUUUCCUUAGUCUGCUUGGACGAAAUAAAGGAUUUCAGGUCACAGAACAGUUCAGUGAGGCUGUUACACAUGUCGUCGCGGAGAACAACUCAGGGGAUGAGGUGCAGGCCUGGCUUGAGACUCAAACUGUUAGUCGCACUACGGCUAAUGUGGUUCAUUUGUUGAACAUCAGCUGGUAUACAGAAAGCAUGGCUACUGGCAAACCUGAGAGCAUUCAAGAGAAACAUAAAUUAAAGAUGAGCCACACACCCAGUCCAGUCAUCUCUGCGGUCUCUGCAAAGAGUUACGCCUGUCAGAGAAGAACUCCUCUGAAGCACCACAACUUGUUUCUGACUGAACCGUUGGAGUUGUUGGCAGAGAAUGCUGAGUUGGGUGAGAACGAGGGGCGGAGCGUGGCAUUCCGGAGGGCGGCAGCCAUCUUGAAGACACUCCCACUUGCGGUGAAGAGGAUGGAGGACCUGCAGGGUCUGCCCUGUCUUGGCGACCACUCGCUACGCGUUGUCAAGGAGAUCUUAGAGUACGGGUCAUCACAGGAGGUGGAGUCAACGCGGCACUCAGAGCAGUUUCAGGCCAUGAAGGCGUUGACGGGCAUAUUUGGAGUCGGGGUGAAGACAGCUGAUCGUUGGUUUAGGGAGGGACUCCGCUGCCCAGCAGACGUGGCCAAAUCAGAGCAGAGACUGAACAGCUCCCAGCAAGCAGGCUUGCUGCACCACGAGGACCUCAGCCAGCACGUCAGUCGGGCAGAAGCCGACGCCAUUGGUCAGAUCGUAGAGAGGGCGGUGCAGGAAGUCCUGCCAGGAGCUCAGAUCACACUGAUAGGAGGAUUCAGGAGGGGAAAAGAAACGGGCCAUGACGUGGACUUCCUCAUCACUCACCCAGAGGAGGGGAAGGAGGAGGGCCUUAUGCCCAAAGUGGUCCAGUGGCUGGAGACUCAGGACCUGCUCCUGUAUCAGAAAACUACCAGGAACUCCUACCUGGAAUCCAAAGAGGGGCCUGCACGGCCCCCUAACAACAUGGAUCGCUUUGAGAGGUGCUUCUCCAUCUUUAAGCUGGAGCGGAGAGACUCAGGGGAAGCACACUCAUCUGCCCAGGCCACGGAGGGGGAACCUGGGGGUGGGGAGGGACGAGCCCCUGGGCCAGAGCCACUGCCACAGCGCCGCCCUGCUGGAUGGAAGGCCGUCAGGGUGGACCUGGUAGUCAGCCCCUUCAGUCAGUUUGGGUUUGCUCUGUUGGGCUGGACUGGCUCCAAGCUGUUUGAGAGGGAGCUGAGGCGCUGGGCAGGUCGGGAGAAGAACAUGUCCUUGAGCAGUCACGCCCUCUACGACAACAGCAAGGGAUGCUACCUCAGAGCCAGUACAGAGGAAGAGAUCUUCAGCCACCUGGGACUGGACUACAUCCCACCAUGUGACCGCAAUGCCUGAUUGGUGAAGAGGUCUGUAGAAGGGGGGAAUCAGCAGCUGAAUCCACUCUUCGGUUCCUGUGUGGAUCCAAAACCUGUAGAACCCAAAGAAUCUUGUAUAACUCUGCUCUGCACCUAAAUUCAAAUCUGCACCUCAAAAUGGCCGCUCAGGCUGAUUCACCGCACUGCAUCGGCUGAUUCCCCCGUUAGUCACCAGUGGUUUCCAUGAGUCACGAUAUCUGCUGGGUCACUUCCUCGCUUCCAGAGCAUCCCUCGCAUGUGAAGAAAAGAGCCUCAAGCUCAGAAAAGAAAACGCCUGACUUGCAAGAGGAUUAUUUUGCUUCUGUUUUGGUUUGUAUGUUCCGCAAUAACAUUCCUUAUUCUUCACUCUCAUGCCUUUAUGUUUUUAGAAAUGUUAGAACUAGCUGUAUUUUCUUUGAAAAGGUGUGAACAUGGACUUAGAUAUGAGGUAUUUCAUUUUGCUGUGAUGUGUCAGUGCCUUCACACACACCCACAUAAAGGCUGGGGUCACCCUUAAGUGAACAGCUCUCAUCUGCCCUGACUCACUCUGCUCUGGGCUCAUUCCAAUGCGUUUGCUUUGCAGAUAUGAAACGCUAUAUCCACUGCAUAAUGUGCUCUUACCAUUUGUUACUGUCUACUGCAGAGGACUUUCAUCUCUAAAAUUCAUCAGGGGACACGGCUCCUGACACUAUGAAAUGUUACAUGACAUUUUUUACGGUCUUAAUCUAAAUAGUUCUAUAGCCCUGCGAUUGAACAGCUGUUAGUUUGACACUAUGUUAGGUCCUUGUAUGGUCUUGAACUGUCUUGACAUUUUUUAAUAUAUGGCAAAAUGCACUUUAUAUGUCAGAGCUCUCUCAACCAAGUAUUUGAAAUGGAUUUACAGUUGUGUACAAUGACCACGGUCUUGGACAGAUAUUGAGAUUGAACAGACUGAGAGUUUAAUGUCGAGCACAAUGACCGAAAGUGACGUGACUGACUGCAGAGAUGUCUAGUGUGUGUGUUGAAAUCUUACAGGGUGUACACACCACUACCUCGAUGGUAACAGCUGCAGGGGCUGAUUUGGUUGCUAGCAUAUGAUAGCUUUGCCUGUAUUUCCAUUUAGGUUUUGUGAAAUAGAGAAGCAAGCAGUGCCUUUAGGGAAGUAGCAUAUAACACUGUAAGAAUGAAAUGGCAGAUUUAAUAAUUGUGUGUGUGUGUGUUGUUAGUGUGUGUGUGUGUGUGCGUGCGUGCGUGUGUGUGUGUGUGUGUGUGUGUGUGUGUGCGUGCGUGCCUGUGUGCUUAUAUACAUUUUGUAAUGGUGAGACAAAUUGCACAGUAUGUGUGUAAUCUGUAUGUGAGCAUAUCAGCUUUUCUCAUCAGUGUAAACAUGGCUUGAUAGUUAUUUAGCAUAAUAACAGCCCAAACAAGCCCAAACUACCUUGUUUUAUCUGUCCUGAAACGGGAAACCGGAAACUUUUAACAUCCAUUUCAAUAAAAUUUACCUUAAAAUAUAUUUUAAGUAACCAUUUGUUGUCCCAACAACAAAAAGGUGUUUGGAGGUGGGGGAUUGUGUGAUGAAACAGAUAUGUUUUGUGGUUUACAUACAUACAUACUUACACUCACUCUGUUUUUGUCUUUCUGUCUGACACACACACACAUCACACACUGUGGUUCUUUCUCAGUUUCAACAGGUGUUACAUUCACUUUCUUAUCAGACAUGGUACACACACAUACUGUAAUGCAGGCCUUAUGCUGUUUAAAGUUCUGUUAUAUAUGAGAUGUUUUGUUAAGUUAUACUAUUGUUAUUGGUUGAAAUGUUAAUUUUAUUAUUAUGACACUGGUUGAAAGCAUACCACUGUGACUGAGCUGUAUUACCUUGGUACUUUUACUUCUGUUCGAGUCUGCAAACACAGGUAUGAAAAGUCUUGAGAUGUUCAAUGUGAUGACCCAUAUCUUGGAGAUAAAACACACCUGGCUGUUCAGUGUUCCGUUUAAACAGGAAGACAUGUAGGACAAACGAUGCAAAAACUCAAGCUUUUGAAAUAAAGGAGCAAGACUGGUGACUAAA